GACGGAAGUGGAGCUCGAGACCGCGUCGAGUCGACUUCAAUGCGCGGAGAAGAAAGAACGGGAAAGUGAAAAAGGAAAUGGCAUCGAAAUGCUCCCUCGUUCUUACUGUAAUCCUGUGCGUGUCCUACAGAGCGACGAGUGCACCCAGCGUCUCCUUCACGUCGCAGGCCAAGGCUCAAGAGGAGGAAUACAGUCCUGGGAUUUUCAGCAACAUGGCCAGCAAGGCGAUGGGAGCUUUCCUGAAAGCAGCGUCUUAUAUCUGGAAAUGGCUGCCAUCGCUUCCAGAAAGCUUAAGGCCUCCACCCCCUACUUUCCGAUUCGUCGAUUCGAAGAGCGAUUGCGUUCGCGACAUCGAGGUCUCCCUCGAGGACUUUCAAUGAUCUCUGAACUCGCUUUAGCUUGCCAGUAAUUAGAAAUAAUAAUUAGAAAUUAAUCUUACCGAUGUACAAGAAGCGGCCGGUAAACCACUCAGGCACACCUACCGUAAAGAUGGCGCAAAGCUGUCCUUUCCGAGGAAUCUUUUCCUCACGAAGAGA